GGUCGUAUCUUACGUAUAUCCGCUUUCAAGAGCAGAUUUCCUGCUCGUUUCUCAUUUUGCUUCCCCCCAUUUUUUGCUCGCUGGUCUUUUAGCUUCACUCUCGUCAGACUCGGUACUGCAGCCAUGCGGGUGUACGUGCUGUUCGCGGUGGCGGUGCUCUCCCUGAGCCCGGCGGCGGUGAGUGGAGCCGAGAAGAAGAAGCUGCAGAUCGGCAUCAAGAAGCGAGUGGACAACUGCCCCAUCAAAUCCCGCAAAGGAGACGUGCUGAAUAUGCACUACACCGGAAAGCUGGAGGACGGCACCGAAUUUGACAGUAGCAUUCCCCGCGACAGGCCUUUCACCUUCACCCUGGGCACCGGCCAGGUGAUCAAAGGCUGGGACCAGGGCCUGCUGGGCAUGUGCGAGGGCGAGAAGAGGAAGCUGGUCAUCCCCGCCGAGCUGGGCUACGGAGACCGGGGAGCCCCUCCAAAGAUCCCCGGCGGAGCGACACUGAUCUUCGAAGUGGAGCUGCUGAGCAUCGAGAGGAGAUCCGAGCUCUGACGAAGAAGAAGGACAGCUUUGAGAACGGUUCCAGGAGAUGCUGCGGCAUUAAGUGGAGCCCAAGUGACACCUGAUGAAGAUUAAAAGGCAAAUGUGAAAGAAGAGUCAGCAAAGCUCCUGUUUUCCUUCUACCAGCUUUGCUUUUUAUGCUCUGAUUCAUUGAAUUGAAAUUGAGAAGAUGCAAGAACUGGCUGUUUGUACCAGCUAAACUGUAGAGUGAGGGUUGACAGGAGCAGCUACGUCCUGUAUCCUGACUGUGCUGUGCCGUCUCUUCAUCUCAUUUCAUUUUAAUUUUCUGUAAGCGGGUUUAUUCACAUCUGCACACUGUUUUUGUUAUUUGGGGGGUUUUGUUCAGAAAAUAAUUUAGUGUGAAGUGGGAGUCGGGUCAGACUAGGAUCAUUUUUUUCACUGUAAGAAUUUGAAUUCUGUAAUAAAAUGUUUGUUAGUA